AGCUGCCACCUGAACGUGCCGUCUUGCAUAUUCUUUGGGAGGAGUCAUCUGAGCAUCCUCAUAAAGAGUCUGACGCACUUGUUUCAGGGUCUUCCCUUGACACACCCAGUACAUCUACUGGAGGUGCAUUCCAAAAUCCAUCAGCUUUUAUUAGGAGCUAUCUGCGUAGUGUAUCUGAGUGGCCUUCACCAUUUACCAUUCCAGCCUUUUCAUAUGAUGUGGAAUUGAAACUGCGUAAAGGGAACGACGAAUAUGAAAACACAAAGAAAGUUGUAAGCAUAACUAGAGACAUGAAGAUGGACAUUUUGGACAAGAUUGCUCAGGCUGUUUUUGAGGUAAAAGCCUAUCCUGACCAAGACCAGAUUGAAUCAGUAGCUUCUGCUCUGGUCACCAAACACCCCUGUCUUCAAGAACCAGGCAGUGGAUCAGGUUAUGAUGGAUGGAAGAUGAGCAUUAAAUACAAACUUGGUAAUUAUAGGUCCAAACUACGUCAGGCAGGCUGUAAUGAAGUCAGCAUAAACCGCAAAAGAAAAAGCAAUGAAGAUGUUGACACAAAUUCUUCUUUGAAGAGAGCAAAACGUGGAGAAAUAAACUAUGUCCCGGACUAUCCAGAUAGUCAUAGUGAUGACACUUUGGAAGAGGAAAGACUGGCUCUACUCGAGGAGUCACAAAAGAGAAGGAUGGAUCCUGUGCUCAUAAAACAAAAGAUGGAGCUGACGUUCUCCCUGAGGCGGAAGGAGAUUGUGGAGGUGGAGCCAAUGGUGACAGAGGUUAUGGAACGGUGGCCUGCUUUGUUUAAUGAGGCAGAGAUCAGGGAAGAGUUCCAUCGAAUCACCAACAAGGACCUGAUGGACAGCUUCAGAGCAGGCCUAAAUCAGCACACAUCCAGGCUUCUUCAACUCUAUCGGGCUAAGAGGACAACUUUCCCUGCUGAGAUGGAUCAACUCCUCAACAGGCUGGAUGAAGAGCGAUCACAGGGCAAGAUCACAGGGUCACCCUUGUCAGUCGGUGACCGGUGA